GCAUGCACAGGCUUGUACUUCAACACACCUCUUCUCCCGCCAGCACCUACGAGCGGCCUCCUGGCUCACCAUGAACUUGGCGCGUUACUCUGUCAGCGCGACCGAGCCUGUCAUCAUCUACGACAUCCGCUUUGAUCCUGAACGCCAGAUAUUUGCCAUAACCACACCUGCAGGUUUCGCAAUAUACCGUACAUGCCCGCUGCAACUACUUAGGAAACGGGAACUCAGGGGAGGCACCCUUGCCUCGGUGAUUCCCUCUCAUUCCUCCUCCCUCUUGUUUCUUCUCGGUGGUGGCCGGAGCCCCCUUUACCCUGCAAACAAGCUCAUCUUAUGGGACGAUGCUAUCGGUGCAGAAGUAGCCGAACUUGAAUUUCGCGAGCGAAUACGUGGUGUCGCAUGUCGGAGAGGUUGGGUCGCUGUGGCUCUCCGUUGGCGGGUCGUACUUUUCGAGAUAGGAGAAUCCGUAAGCAGGAAAGGAGAAUGGGACACUUGCGAUAACCCUCGCGGUUUGCUCGCUCUUGCGACCGAUGCCAACACUACCCUACUAGCUAUUCCUGGUCGACAAAUGGGCCACGUCCAGCUUAUACAUCUUCCUCCGUGCCCCCCUUCCCCCAGUUCCCCGAGAUCCGCUCCUCCAAGAGCCGCGAAGCCUCUGUCAAAGCAUCCCGUCUCCAUCAUAGCGGCACAUGAAUCGGCAUUGACUACGUUGACUGUGACCCCAAGCGGUAAGCUAUUAGCGACGACCUCCUCUAGGGGAACGCUUGUUCGCACUUGGGACGCGUAUACGGGUAAACUAGUCAGAGAACUGCGCCGUGGAUCGGAUAAGGCUGAUAUCUACGGGGUUUCGUUUCGACCUGAUGAGGCCGAGAUGUGCGUAUGGAGUGACAAGGGCACUGUUCACGUUUUCUCAUUGCUAACCUCUGGGUCCUCGAAUCGACAGUCGACACUUUCUAAUCUGGCACCUUACCUACGCCUCCCGAAGUACUUUGAUUCCCAGUGGUCUUAUGCACAGUAUCGGAUACCUGUGCAAAAUUCCCAUAUUUCUCUCUCAACCUCAAUGCAGCCGUCACCAGCUGAUCGACCAGAGGAGGAACGAUGCGUGGUGACAUGGAUCCACAGUCCAAGUAACACAGAAUCUCCAAUAGAGGAGCAGGCAGAGCCGCAAUUUAUAGCACUUACAUAUACUGGUGGCUGGUAUCGAUUAUCAGUCCCCUCAACAUCAUCUAGUCCCGGAUCCCCACGUCCCAGCGAAGUGUCCCCUCCUGGAUCUCCUACCAAGUCGGCCCGCGUACGAACGACGAGUCUUAUCUCCUUGGCAAGUGCCACAGAGAGUACGAAGGGAAAAGAAAGGGAGCGAGAUGGUGAGCGGAAGGAGGGUAGAUCAUGUAUACUUCAAGAGUAUCGUAAAUUUGGAAGGUGGGAUGGCUGGGGCUGAUACACGCGAGGGCGUCAACCUGACGUCUCCACUUGACUUGUUGAACCAUCUUCCCGCGUGACAUUCACAACCUUACCUCGUCUUACCCUUGAUUUUUGGUGAUGGCUCCUAUUUCACUUGUGGAACCUCACGGUUCGUACGUUUCUAGUUGUGGUUAUUGCAAGGAAGAUGGUGUCCGUAAAGGGAGAUUUCAUCAUAAAGCGAGUUUGACGGCAAACAUACUUUCAUGUGAAACCUAUCAAAAGAUGAUUGAUCGUGGAUGGAGGCGCUCGGGUCGGUACUGCUACGCACCAAACCUAAGAAGAUCAUGCUGCCCCCAAUACACCAUAAAGUUGGACGCCUUAAAGUUUCAACCUAGUCGUAGCCACAGAAAGAUCACCAACAGAUGGAAUCGUUUCAUCCUAUCUGGUUCUCAAGAAACCACCGCUUCAUUCUCGCUAGUAUCAUCUCUACAUUCCUCAGAGGAGGGCUUCAUUCCACCCGGAAAGGUUGCUAUACAUCGCUUUGAGGUCACUUUAGAGCCGUCGUCCUACACCGAAGAGAAGUAUAAGCUGUAUACGCAAUAUCAAGAGGAGAUCCACCAUGAUAGCGACAAUACUCCUAAUUCGUUCAAGCGAUUCCUAGUUGACACGCCGUUGUCUAGAGAUCCUAUUCCCUAUGUGGACUCGCCGCCUGCACAUCUCCCUCGCGAGUAUGGGUCAUAUCAUCAGUUGUAUAGAUUAGACGGUGAACUGAUUGCCAUGGGUGUAAUCGACGUCUUGCCGUCCUGCGUCUCAAGCGUGUAUUUCAUGUACAAUCCCACUUACGAACGCUUCUCGCUCGGAAAAUUGAGCGCCCUUCGCGAGAUUGCUCUUGCGCUCGAGAUUCACGACGCAGGGAGCACAUCUGUAAAAUAUUUAUACAUGGGUAUGUGCAUCUAGGUUCCCAUCAGGUCACGCUUCCUGCGAACUUACACGACCACGGCUGAAGGCUUUUACAUCCAUUCAUGCCAGAAGAUGCGAUAUAAAGGCGAAUACGCACCAUCGUAUCUGGCCGAUCCAGAAGACUUUACCUGGCACCCGCUUAAAGAAUGUCAGGCAAUACUCGAUGGCCACCGAUACGGCGCCUUUACUCGCCCGGAGCAUUCACUGAAAGGUGAGGGCGAUCCUGGGGAGGAGACAGUGGGACCACUACCAACUAAACUAUUAGAAGACAUCUCAAUUCUCAAAGCAAUUCGACAGCGUACGAUUCAUGCCGUACCCUUCAAGGAAACCAUGGCAUGGGAAGAUGAAGAUCAUCGAAGGGAUGCCGAGGAUUGUGUAGGCGCUUUGGGCAGUGAAAUGGCACAGGAGAUACUAUUUUACUUCGCAGCGUGAUCUGUCGACUUUGUAGCUUGUCUGGAGUUACUUGUGAAUUGUAG